ACUCAAUGCAAAACCAAGCUUUUUCCAGAUUCUCGCUCUCUCUGCUCUCUCUGCUCUCUCUUCACGGUUAGGCAUCGGAUGCAUGACCAGAAAAAUGGCCCUUUCUUUAAAUCCAGUCGCCAGUUUCCAAUCAACGCUGCAAGCAAAAUCUCACAAUUUCUCAAGAACUUACCCAGGAGCUUCUGGGCUAAAGAUUAAUUAUAUUGCAGUUACGGGGCGAAGGUUUUGGUUGGGGAGUAAAAUAAAAGAUAAUAGAAGAUGCCUUGUUAUCUUGGCUGCUGAUGGCAAUAAGGUUGUAACAGAAUCAACCAAUAAAGAUUCCAGAAAUUCAGAAAGAGCACUGCCCAGCGACCAGUCGUCAUCAGCAGAGCCUUUAUCCUUAAACUCUUCACCUGUUACAAUCCAGUCUGACACUAGUGCUCAAGAUGGAUUGGGAUUCCAAAUGCCCAAGGAUUCUAAUGGGUUGCAGGUUCCUUCUGAUGUGAAGCAGAUCAACUCAGCUGCUCCAAGUUUGCAAUCUACAGUAAAGAGAUCAUCUUUGACUGCAAGAGAGAAAUUGAGGGCAGCCCGUGUUUUAAGCCGAUAUGCAGAACCAAAGCCAUCAAAAUCAGAGCUGGGAAGCAAGGUUUUGGAUGCUAUGAGAGAAGGUGACAGAGGGAAGAAAAGGUCUGGCCUCCCUGAAGCUCCGGAGAACUUGUUUGAUGACAGCAAGAGAGGAAUGCCAAAAUCUGGCCUGACUUUUGACUUUCCAGGGGGUUUUGAUCUUUUUCUCAUUGUGUUCUCCGCUGUCUUCAUCAGCACGGUCAUGUUCACAACGGCUUUUAUUGUCUGGAAGGUUGGUGCUAUCCAUUUUAACGAGUACUAAGGUACUUUUUCCCCCCAUUCUGCUGAGCAUCUUUUUGCAGCAUGCUGAACUUCUUGGAUGUGAAGUAUAUGCAUUUGAAUGUACAGAAGUAGAAGAAGGUUUGCAUGGUUACUAGUUCUGUUAUUAUCAUUAUA